AUGGCUGGUGCGAUGCAGCGCCAGGAGGAUCAAAUCGUUAGGCUACAGGAGUUGGUGGCGCAACAAGCGUCGACUCAAGUGGAUGUCGAGCGGACCGCGUCCCCUAUCGUUAUGCCUGGUAUGACGGAGGGUAUGGCUACGGUGGCUAUACCGGUUGCGGCGCAACCCACGCCGGCGGUAGUAGCUAUUGGUUCGGGAACUUCCAAUCCCGAAGGUGCGAUGAUGGCAGCGGAAAGGGAGCGCGCUUUGGCGGCUCUCGUGAUGUUCCGAAAGUUUGAUCCACCGGUGUUUGACGGGGAGAAGGUCGAGCCGUGGAUGGUCGAGUCAUGGGUUGACUCGAUGGAGACCCUGUUGAAUGAUCUUUGCACAUUGGAGAAGGAUAAAGUACACCUCGCCACACAUUGUUUGGAGCGCACAACGAAGGUAUGGGGGAAGCAGAUCAAGAGGGAUCGGUCUUCCGAACUUUCGCCGUUGGCGUGGGAGGAAUUUCGGGGCUUGAUGUAUACUAACUAUUUCCCCGAAAGCAAGAAGAAGAAGCUCCAAGACCGGUUUAGGAAGCUGAGGCAAGGAAACCGCUCGGUGGGAGAAUAUGAGCGGGAGUUCUCACAUAUCAUCGACUGCGUCCCCGACGUGAUGCGGGAUGAUAGGGAUCGACCCGAUUGGUUCGAGCAAGGACUCCGGCCGGAUAUCUAUAGGGCGGUUCACAUCCUCAAGCUUACUACCUUUUCGGAAGUGCUAGAUCGGGCGUUGUGGGCGGAGCAUAGUAAUGCCCACAUCCGUGAGGAGCGAGAGGCGUCCGAGAAGGACGGGGGUAAGAAGCGAGCCCCUGAUGGUUCGGGAGGUCAGUCAAGGCCUAGGAAGCCUCCGAAGUACCUGCGAACACAGUCCAAGGGUCGUGGGGCUCGGUGGUGCGUCAUUUGUGGCGGUGAUCAUGACCCGAACCGUUGUAAGUAG